GCAUCUUACUGUGUCAAUACAAUUAACUAACUAGGGUUGUUUUGAAUAAUUUGUCACAUCCGGCAAAUGUUUGAUGUGUUCAACAGUGCAAUGUAUUGAAGAUAAAUCUUUAAGACUUAAGCUGAAAAGAUUUUAUGCAUACUAAGCAUUUAGUUAUUAAGGGUUUAUGAGUUUGAGAUAAAAAUUCAACACAAACAUCAACAAGAACGACACACAAAUUUUAAUAUAAACAAAAACCACAACGUAUUUACGACCCGUGAGAGCAGAGCAACAAAAGAAUCAAGUUCCUAAAAUCUUAUUUUCUUCUGUGUUUUACUGGAAGCUGGCCUCUUUACAUAGCUCUUGGAAGAACGUUGGCAGUAAACGGUCUAUCUUGAAAAGAAAAAAUUUGUUGUCGUCCUAAAUUCAUAUUAGAAGUGAAUUCUACAGAUUGUAAGUUUAAGGAAAAUUAGUAUUUGGUCUGUUUGUCGGCCGUUAUGAUGGAGCAAUCAAACGACACAGCAUUAACGAAUACAUAUAGUGGUCAUACUAACAUUGGCGAAGUAAUGUGGUUUAGAGUGUUGAAGUAUUCUCUUUAUGGAAUCAUGUUUGUGAUAAGCUUACCGGGAAAUCUGAUGGUCUGUUUAAUCAUUACUCGAAGACAAAAAAUGAAAACAACAACAAAUUUCUUGAUCUUAAAUCUUGCCAUAUCGGACGUAUUUUACACUCUUUUUGUACCUUUGGAUGUUGCUAUAACUGAAAGCGCAACAUGGCCGUACGCUCACUUCUUCUGCAAUUUGUUCUACCCCAUGAUGACUCUGUUUAUUUGCGUUUCAGCGCUAACAUUGAUGACCUUAGCGCUCACACGAUUCUGGGCUGUAGUUUUUCCUCUUCGACGACAAAUAACAGUGUUACAAAUCAAGUUAGCUCUCGUUGUUGUAUGGUUGUUUGCCAUAUUUGAAGUUUUACCGUAUGCAAUAUUUUUACGAGUCACGGACGAAAAUGUUUGUGUUGAAAAGUGGUCUGAUAGAGUAAAAAAGGCAUACACAUUGUCGUUGUUUUUCUUUCAAUUUGUGAUUCCAUUAUCUGCAAUUACAUUCGCUUACACAAUGGUGGGUAUAGAGUUGAAAAACGGGAAUAAACGAAGCGAGAAUCGUUCGUUGAAUAAAACUAAAAACGAAGAAUCAAAAAAAGUAAUACGCAUGUUGGUUGUCGUAACAGUUGCAUUUGCUGUUUGUAAUUUGCCAACAUCAAUUCUUUGGUUGAUUAAUGAUUUCGGCAGUGUUAAGUCGUUCGAAGAUAUCGCUGCGUUUUUAAACAUUUUGGACUUUGGAAACGCUGCUGUCAAUCCGUGUAUUUAUCUCGCUUGUAAUGAAGAUUUUCGCCGGGAAUUUUGUUGCUAUUUGAGAAAAAUGAAAGCGAAAUUAUUCUGGAAUUCCGCGCAAAGAUUCUCUGAAAGUGCUUUCUGUGAUGAACAAGAUAUUGAGGAAGAACAAUAUCAACAAACAAUUAACACAAAUACAGAUUGUCUAAAAGGCAACUCUAGUUAUUUAAAACAAGAAUCAUCGAUUUGAAAUGAUAAUAUCGAUCAUCACCUGAUGGGAAAAUAAUUGACUUGAUACGGUUUCAUAUUCUAACACCAAUUUUAUUGACGUCGAAAAUUAAUAAACUGAAGAUGAAAGUUGAAACAAGAUCGAAAACAGAACGUAUUUAUUAAUUAUAUACGCAUAUUUAAUGUAAGUGAUAUCCGAGCAUGUUGAGUAACGAAGAAGAUGUAAUCACAAUAAAUAGGAUAGAAUUGCUUUUUUUGUAAGUAGACAAGACUUUCAUUCAUUAUAUAUUUCAAAAAUAAACUGAAUGUAAAAAUUGUUGAGAAUA